UGUUCUCUUACAUCGCUCUCCUCCCCAAAGCAUGUGACCAUGUGAUCACAUUCACUGCAGCCGGACAAAGUGAGAGAACUUGUGACCGAACGAGCGACGGCAGGAGACACUUGGCGGCUCUGCGAGAAUAAAAUCCGGAGUUUAGUGACCCCAUAGUUUCUUCUUCAGUCUCCUCACUUCCGCCAUACAACAUGGACUGCGGGAUCUUCACGUCCAAGACCAUCCUCCUCUUCCUCAGCUUGAUAUUUUGGGCUGCAGGAGCGGUGUUGGCCUACGUUGGAGCCUAUGUGAUCAAGAGCUAUGACAACUUUGACAGUUUCAUUCAGGACAAGUACACGCUUGUACCAGCAGCCAUCAUCAUCGGCAUCAGCGUGGUGAUGUUCCUUUUUGGGCUGUUGGGAUGCUGCUCCACAAUCAGAGAGUCCAAAUUCGGCCUCAGCUUUUUCUUCCUGAUCAUCAUGGCGAUCUUUGCCGCUGAAAUAACUGCUUUGGUAUUUAGCUUCAUCUACCAGGGCCAGAUAAGUGGAGAUCUGGAGCGCUCUAUGAAUGGAACCUUUGAAAAGUAUGAUGGACAGGGCACUGAGACCAAAGGUGUGGACUACCUGCAGCAACAGUUGCAGUGCUGCGGAGUUAAAAAUUACACCAACUGGAUCGGCACAGCGUGGUAUACCAGCCACAACAACACAGUGCCUGUGUCCUGCUGCAAGAACAGCACCGCGCAGUGCACUGGCCGACUGGAUCAACCAGACCUGCUUAACGUAGAGGGUUGUGAGCCCAAGCUGACGCGCCUCCUCCAGGAUGUGUGGGGUUACGCCAUGCUGGUCAUUCUGGGCUUCGCAAUCAUCAAGUUCUUUGGGAUGCUGAGCGUAUGUGUGAUCACCUGUAAAAGUGGCAGCCGGAGGAGCGGCUACCAGCCUCUCUAUGCCUGAACCACCUCCUGAAACCACCCACCACCCCCUCACUUCAGUCCUUUAGGUUUUCUGACCACUUGAUAUCAGCAGGCAUCCUUAUUCUGCAGUGUACAGAGGCUUCCAGGUCAAACGUAUACAAAUCUAAGAUUUACUUAAAUACUGGCAUAUACACACAGUGGAAAACUCUUCUCCUUGUAAUAUCACUCCUCAGACGAUAUCUGACAUAAAUGUGACGUGGCUUUGAAUUUUGACUUAUUGUCCUAAUUUCCAUUUUGGUUGGGCUGCCAAAGGUUUUUGUACUGUUACAACCGAGCCUCUUUGACAUAACACAGACAACAACAACAUAAGAAACCAUUUUUAAGCAGUAGUUUGCUGCAAGACUUACUCGUCUGAAGCAACUUCUUGUUUCUAAUGCUUGUCUGUAAACUUCAUGCAGCUGCCGUGAAAUCACAGGAGAGAAAAGGUGACAGAAAAGAAAACUAUUUUUGGACAUUGAAACUUAUACUUGUAAAUCCUGCUGAGACUUCUCACUCUGCUGCAUCAUGUAGAUAUUCUUUUAAAGGACAUUAUUCUUUGGAUUGUACCAUAAUGUGGGAGUACAAACUAUAUAUUAAGCUUUUUGUGAUUGUGAACAAGAGUAUAGCAGUUUAAUGCCUCAUUUAGGAUUGCAAUAUUUAUAGUCAACUGAAUGAAUGAAUACAUUAUAUAUAUAAUGGUAUGGUCAGUUAACUGUAUUUAAUGAAGUUACAGUUUUACAUAAAGUAGUUUGACUUUGUGUUUAUGAUGUUUCUAAAUUAAAAAGGUGAAUAUUUCACAACAA